AUGGACACGAUCACACCUGAUACCCUCCAACGCCAUCGAGCAGCCGCCGAGAGCUUUGGCAGCGAGUCCCUGUUCGUCUUGCGGGAUGGGACAACAGUCGACCUGGCCAGUGGCUACAUCCCUCUUCUUGCACGCUUUACCCACGAGGACAAAGCCGCCAAGGGCUUACGGAAGCGCAGCGCGGGCGACAAACCCGAGCCUCCCAUCUACUUUUCCGCACUGGAACUGGUCCGCGACAAUGAACUCUUGCUCUUGACCGGGUCGAGCGGCAGCGGCAAGACAACGUUUGCGAAGCACCUCUGCUUCCGCCUGGCGACCUCGGGUUUCGGUCAUGCCCGGCCACUUGUCCGCAACGACUUUGGCGAUACACGAGAGGAAGCUUGGGGUUCUGGGAGGUUUCUGCCCUGCUAUUUCGCGGUGGACAACCCGCAUGUGCUGCAGACUCUGGUCGGCGUUACGAUUCCCGCCUUGAUCAGCACAGCCUCGAAAGAAGGCCUGGCCCUGAUGGUUGUGAUUGAUACGAACGACGGCGCGGCUGACGCCAGCCUGGAUCUUCUUCAGCUACUAUUCUCAUCGUUUGUGGAACACAAGAAACACAAGUUGCUCUUACUCGGGACUGCAGAUGUCUUCGGCCAUUCGGUUCUGCCUCCCAGCAUCGUUCGACAUGCCUUGCUGCCACUGUUGGAGGCUCCUAGGCGACAGACCGUUCUGAGACACCUCGGACCCGAGUUCUCUGAGUCCCUGAUUGCUACGGGAUCUUCGGCAGAGACUCCAGCCUUGUUUGCGCUGGCGCUUCAAGCUCAAGACCGCGGCGACCGAGCCGAAGAACUCCUCGAUUCAUGGCUUUCGAUUGCCUUGCCAGGCGCCGCUCAAACGCUCACCGAAAACGCCUACAACCGCAUAAGCCAAGGCCAACCUUUGGCAGCUUCAAAUCACCGUUUCGUAACCGGGAUGGUCGACAACCCGGCGGUAUCCUGCAGCGUUGUCCAACAGCUACUGGCGGCUCGGCACCUUGCAGAACUACCUGUGGAUAUUGCUGUCGGGCUAUUCCGCCAACAUCCCCAAGCUCAUACCUUCGUCAUCAAAAGUUGCUUGGUUCGUUUGAGCGCGUCAGGUCGCUCGGAUGACCUUGUUGAGGGGCUUCUUGGCGGCUCGCCCGCCGAUGGUCAACGAGGCGCCCUACUCGUAGCAGAUCUUGUCGGAGAAACAGAGAAGUUUCGAGACAGGGUCGCCAAUUUAAUGUUGGACAUAGUUUCACAGGGAACAUUGCCAGCAAGUCAGAGGAAGAAAGCUGGCCGCAUCCUUUCCAGGCUUGGCGACCCGCGAGAUCUGACCCUGCUAGCAGAGGUGCCCGCCGGAAGCUUUACCAUGGGCUCUCACAGUCAUCCAAACUCACAGCCUCCGGAAAACAUCACCUUGCGCAGCUUCCGCAUCGGCGUAUACCCGGUUGUUGUCAGAGAUUACUUGGCCUUCACCCGGGAAUCGGCCCGCGACUGGGUCAGCCCGGAUGGCGCAGACCCCGAACGAUUGAAUGCGCCAGCAACAGACCUCACGUGGCAUGAUGCAAGAGAGUAUUGCACUUGGUUGACUCACCUUUGGCGAGCGAGCGGCACGAUUGGUCCUCACGAGCAGGUACGCCUUCCGACAGAGCCAGAGUGGGAGCGGGCAGCCAGGGGAGAUCAACAAGAUGACGGAAACGAAGGGCUGGUUUACCCUUGGGGCACGACCUGGGAUGGCGACGGGGCCAACUGCGAAACCACAGGCUUCAACACGACAUGCGCAGUCGGUCUGUUUCCCAAAGGCCGCUCGCCGUACGGCUCCCUCGACAUGGCGGGGCAUGUCUGGGAAUGGUGCUCGACGCUCUGGGGCGAGGACAUGGCCACCCCGUCCUUCCGGUACCCAUGGCGAGAUGACGGGCGAGAAGCGCCGGAUGCCACUGAGAAGGUUCGGCGUGUGCUGCGCGGAGGGUGUUUCUCGAGCCCGAAGGUCAAGGCCAACUGUACAUAUCGCGGCAGUCUCGAACCGUCAGGAUAUUGGCGUGGAAAUGGGUUCCGCAUCGUGGUUGCUCAGGUAGAAUAA